AUGUGGGGGUUGCUGGAGCCUGGAAUUUGUGUGCAACUGCGUAUUGGGAGUGUGAAUAAAUACAAGGAAAUUAUAUUGUAGGGAAUAUCUACAGACAGGAUCCUGGAUGUGAGGAAGCUCUUAGGAGUACACGUGGAGACGUGUCACUUAACGAACUUCUCGUUAUCGCACGAGGUUCGGGGCCCUAAGCUAAAGGAUUCGGUGGAUAUCAUCUCUCUAAAACCCUGCCACGUCACAAUCGUCCAAGAGGACUACACAGAAGAACUCGCCGUCGCGCACAUCCGGCGACUGCUCGACAUCGUCGCUUGCACCACCUCCUUCGGCGCAUCUUCCAAUUCUCCCAAGUCGUCGGGUCGAACCAGUUGCAAGGAUUCCGGUUCUAAAGAUAUUGCCUCGAAAGAAUCUGGUUUGACCGAUUAUGAGGCUGCCCUACCCAGUCCGGAAAGCGGCGGCGAGCAGAGUUCGAAACCUAAACCGGCCGGAACCGGAGAUAAGAAAGCGAUUACAGGCUCCGGAGGUGGGACUCAGAGUGCCAGACAUGGGGCUAAGAGUGUCAGAAACCCCGAUGGUUCGUUCGAUUGUUCGGAGAAACCUGACGGCUCCGUUUCAAUGUGCCCGCCGCCGAGGCUUGGCCAGUUCUACGAGUUCUUCUCCUUCUCCCAUCUGACGCCGCCACUUCAAUACAUUCGGAGAUCAAGUCGUCCAUUCCUUGUGGAUAAAGCAGAAGAUGACUUCUUUCAGAUUGAUGUUCGUGUUUGCAAUGGAAAACCAACAACAAUUGUUGCUUCAAGAAAGGGGUUUUACCCUGCUGGGAAACAUCUUCUUAAUCAUUCCUUGGUGUGUCUGUUGCAGCAGAUAAGCAGGGCAUUCGAUGCUGCAUAUGGAGCUCUUAUGAAAGCUUUCACAGAUCACAACAAAUUUGGAAACCUACCCUAUGGUUUUAGGGCAAAUACUUGGGUGGUUCCUCCUGUUGUUGCUGAAAAUCCAUCUUUCCCUCAACUUCCUGUAGAAGACGAGAACUGGGGAGGAAAUGGAGGAGGGCAAGGAAGAGAUGGCGAGCAUGACCUCAGGGAGUGGGCAAAAGAGUUUGCAAUACUAGUUGCAAUGCCUUGCAAAACUCCAGAGGAGAGGCAAAUUCGUGAUAGAAAAGCAUUUCUGCUUCACAGUUUAUUUGUCGACGUGUCUGGUUUCAAAGCUGUUGAAGUGAUCAAGCGCCUUGUCGAGACUAAUAAAUUUCCUGUGAAUGAUCCAAAUGGUUUGGCAUUCCACGAGGAAAUUGUUGGAGAUAUAAGUAUUAAGGUAACGAGAGAUGUGCGAGAUGCAAGUGUAAAAUUGGAUCGUAAAAAUGACGGGAGCUUGGUUCUUGGAGUCUCAAUGGAUGAUCUUUCUCGGAGAAAUUUACUUAAAGGCAUAACUGCUGAUGAGAGUGCUACUGUUCAUGACACUUCCACAUUAGGCGUUGUGGUCAUUAGACAUUGUGGCUACACAGCCAUUGUGAAAGUUGCAAAAGAGGUGAAUUGGGGAGAAAAUCCAAUUCCUCGAGACAUUUACAUUGGGGAUCAACCUGAAGGAGGAGCCAAUGCUCUGAAUGUUAAUAGCUUGAGAAUGUUGCUGCACAAGUCAUUCACGCCUCAGGCAUUAAAUGCUUCUAAUCGAUCACAUAGCACAGAUGUUGAUAACUUACAAUAUUCAAGGACAGUAGUGAGGGAAGUAAUGGAGGAAAGUUUGUUAAGGUUGCAGGAAGAACCUGCCAAAAAAUCUAGGUCCAUUAGGUGGGAGCUAGGUGCAUGUUGGGUUCAACACUUGCAAAAUCAGGCUUCAGGAAAAAUUGAGUCUAAAAAACCCGAAGAAACUAAGUUAGAGCCAGUUGUAAAGGGUCUUGGGAAACAAGGUGCACUUCUUAAGGAGAUCAAGAAAAAAACAGACAGUGGAACUAGUAAAGUAGAACCUGGUAAGGAAGUUGAUCCCACUAAUCAGAAGGCACUGGAGAAACAGGAUGAGGAUAAGGAACAGAUGUGGAAAACGUUGCUUCCUGAAUCUGCCUAUUUGCGACUGAAGGAAUCAGAAACUGGUCUCCACAAAAAGUCACCGGAGGAGUUGAUUGAUAUGGCUCAUAAGUACUAUGCUGAUACUGCACUUCCGAAACUGGUUGCAGAUUUUGGGUCCCUUGAACUCUCACCUGUUGAUGGAAGAACAUUGACAGAUUUCAUGCACACCCGGGGUUUGCAAAUGUGUUCUUUAGGACGUGUGGUUGAACUUGCAGAUAAGCUUCCACAUGUCCAAUCUUUAUGUAUACAUGAAAUGAUUGUUAGGGCUUAUAAACACAUAUUGCAAGCAGUUAUAGCUGCAGUUAAUGUUUCCGACUUGGCCGCAUCAAUAGCAUCGUGUCUAAAUGUGUUGAUGGGAACACCUUCGAUCGAAGAUGAAGCCGAUUGGACCAACGAUGUUAAUUUGAAAUGGAAGUGGGUGGAAACAUUCCUUUUCAAGAGAUUUGGAUGGCAAUGGAAAUAUGACAGCACUCAAGAUCCCAGAAAAUAUGCUAUCCUUCGAGGAUUAUGCCACAAGGUGGGGCUUGAGCUUGUCCCCAGGGAUUACAAUAUGGAAACUGCAUCACCUUUCAAAAGAUCAGAUAUUAUCAGCAUGGUUCCUGUGUACAAGCAUGUGGCAUGUUCAUCUGCAGAUGGACGUACGCUGUUGGAAUCCUCCAAAACUUCCUUGGACAAAGGGAAGCUGGAGGAUGCUGUUAAUUAUGGCACAAAGGCACUCUCAAAACUUGUAUCUGUCUGUGGUCCAUAUCAUCGAAUGACUGCUGGAGCUUAUAGUCUUCUGGCUGUUGUACUGUAUCAUACAGGGGAUUUUAAUCAGGCAACAAUAUAUCAACAAAAAGCAUUGGAUAUUAAUGAGAGAGAAUUGGGACUUGACCACCCUGAUACAAUGAAAAGUUAUGGAGAUCUGGCUGUUUUCUACUAUCGACUUCAGCACACAGAACUGGCCUUGAAGUAUGUUAACCGAGCUCUGUACCUUUUGCACUUGACAUGUGGACCUUCUCAUCCAAACACAGCAGCUACUUACAUCAACGUAGCAAUGAUGGAAGAAGGUUUGGGAAAUGUGCAUGUUGCUUUAAGGUAUCUGCAUGAGGCUUUAAAGUGCAACCAAAGACUUCUUGGGGCUGAUCAUAUACAGACGGCGGCAAGCUACCAUGCCAUAGCGAUUGCUCUUUCUUUAAUGGAAGCAUACUCGCUAAGUGUUCAGCAUGAGCAAACUACUCUGCAGAUACUGCAGGCCAAACUUGGAUCUGAGGAUUUACGUACUCAGGAUGCAGCUGCAUGGCUCGAGUACUUUGAAUCGAAAGCCUUGGAGCAGCAGGAAGCUGCUCGGAAUGGCACCCCUAAGCCAGAUGCUUCCAUCUCCAGUAAAGGUCAUUUAAGUGUUUCAGACCUAUUGGAUUAUAUAGCCCCCGAUGCAGAUUUAAAAGCCAGAGAUGCUCAGAGGAAAGCUCGUGCAAAGAUCAAAGGAAAAUCCGACCAGUACCCAGAAACAGGCGCUGAAGAAUUUCAGAAGGAUGAAGAUUUAUCUCCAAACCUUUCUGUUGUUGAGAGUCCAAGUGAUAAAGAAAACAAAUCUGAAGAAGCCCAAUUGGAGGAACAUGCAAUUGAAAAAUCUGAUGCUGUUCUAUUUGAUGUUACGAAGCUUAAUAAAAAUGUUGACCAGGUGCAAGACGAUGCCUCAGAUGGUGGCUGGCAAGAGGCUGUUCCUAAAGGCCGUUCUAUUUCAGGUCGCAAGUCUUCAAGUUCAAAGAGACCAAGCUUGGCAAAACUGAAUACCAAUUUCAUAAAUGCAUCUCAAUCAUCGAGAUAUAGAGCAAAACCAAAUAGCUUUGUGUCCCCCAGAACCAGCCCAAGUGAAUCUACAGCUUCAGUUUCCUCAUCUGUUCCUGUUUCACAAAAACUUACGAAAAGUGGAAGCUUCAGUUCUAAGCCUAAUAAUAGCCUUUUCAGUCCAGGAAGUACGGAAAAACUAUCUGCCCCCAAAUCAGCUCCAUGUUCUCCUGGCUUAAUUGAUCGUCAAGUUACAAAAUCUACAUCUUUGGCUGGUAAAGGCAGUGUUCAGGUAGCUGGGAAGCUUUUCUCCUACAAAGAAGUUGCCUUGGCUCCACCUGGAACUAUUGUAAAGGCAGCAACAGAACAGCUGGCAAAAGUGCCUACUCACGUUGGAGUUACUUCACAAGAAAGCCGGGAGAAAGCUGCAACUGAGCUCUCUCUUGAUGAAGUAACGACAGUAAAAGAUGCAGAGGAUGGGAAAGUUGAGAGACUUGGUACAGAACAAGAUGGUGAAGGCCUUGUGAAUAAGAUUACAGAAACAGACAAACAGGAAUCUUCAUCUGCACCACUCCAUGAGGCUGUAAAGUGUUCUUCUGUUGAAGAUAAAAUGGUGGGGGCUGAUGAAUUGCAGAUUGCUGACAAGCCUAGUAAAGAAAUAGAAGUUGAUGCUGCUGGAAAUCCUUCUCCAUUGGCAGUUGAAAGUUCUGAGGCUUCUGUACAAAUAGAAGCAAGUAUUUCCCCUAACAGAGACUUGUCUGUUUCCCCAGGAAGUGAUUAUACUUCAGGCGAAGAAAACACAUCCAUUUCAAAAGAAAAUCCAACUCAAAAUGAUUUACCAGUUGAUAGUGUUGAUGUUAAGCCAAUUCCAACUGAAGUAGAAAAGCAAGAUGAAGGGGAAGCUGGGAAGGAGACAACUAAGAAACUUUCUGCUACUGCACCUCCCUUCAAUCCAUCGACAAUUCCCGUCUUUGGCUCAGUUUCAGGCCCAGGAUUUAAAGAUCAUGGGGGUAUUUUGCCUCCACCUAUAAAUAUUCCUCCAAUGCUUACUGUUAAUCCAGUUCGCAGAUCACCACAUCAGUCAGCAACAGCCAGGGUCCCAUAUGGUCCACGGCUAUCCGGUGGCUACAAUAGAUCUGGUAAUCGGAUUCCACGUAAUAAACAAACUUCCCAUAAUAUUGAUCAUGGUGCGGAUGGGAAUCUCUUCAACGCUCCUAGAAUUAUGAAUCCCCAUGCAGCCGAGUUUGUACCUGGCCAGCCUUGGGUUCCAAAUGGCUAUCCAGUAUCUCCAAAUGCGUAUUUGGCUUCUCCAAAUGGUUUUCCAUUUCCCCCUAGCGGUAUCCUGCUGUCUCCAAAUGGAUAUCCUGCACCGGUUAAUGGUAUUCCAGUGACUCAAAAUGAGUUUCCAGAAUCUCCAGUAAGUCCAGAAGAUGUUUCACCGCCAGGUUUAGAUGUUCAUUCUGUGGUUAGAAAUGAAACUGAAGAUGCAACAAGUCAUGAUACAACUGAUCCAGCUACUGAUAUUGAUUGUGAGAAUCAACAACAAAUGGAACAAAAGCCUCAUGAACAACCUGUAGACAUUGAUCACUCCCACUCGGACAUUCAAGAAAAGCUCCUCGACACUGCUCCAGUGGCUGCAAGUGAUGCUGUUGUAACGAAGGAAAUUUCUCAUGACAUGGUUGUGGAGAAAAAAUCCAGUAAGCGCUGGGGAGAUUACAGUGACAAUGAAGCUGAGAUAGUUGAGGUUACUAGUUGAAGGAGUAUCACAAAUUUUGUAUUACCUUGAAGAUAAUUUUCACGGUACAGAGCUCAAUGAGACGGCAAUAUUAUUUAACAAACUCUUGUUGAGUCGAAAUGGAUCGAGAAUGUUGCUGAGUGGUAGUUUCAUUUGCUGAGUACAAGCAGUUGCAAUCGAGGCUUUGUGAAUAUACUUGCAGUUAGGUACGUAGCAGAGGUCUUCCUAUUAAUUAGCAUUGCGUCAAUUGCUUGAUAUGUUAAUUAAAUAUACCACGAGCAAGGAACGAUAUCGUCAGCUUUCUUGUUUGUCAGUUCCUUGUAUGUAGAUUCUUCACCUCGACUCCAGCCAUAAUGUAAACGAAGAAUGGAAACGAUGUUCGGAUGAUUUAUACUUCCCAGAUCUUUCUUGGAUUGAUAACUACAUGGAAACCA